AUGGCGAAAAAGGCUUUAACUUUACUCAUCUUUUUCUUCUUCUCUCUUUCGCUUCUUCAUCUCGCUUUGCAUGCACAGGCGAAGGCAAAGCAUUUCGGAGAUGAUGAAGAUGUUUGGGGUUAUCAUGAUUUUAGGCCUCUGGUGAGGAAAACCCAAAGGAAGUCAUUAGUUGAUAAUGAGUAUGGUCAGAUCUCAGCCGUUAAUAUCAGUGAUGGAAUCAGAGGGCCCUAUCAUAUCCAGUUCUUUACUUUGGAGCCCAAUUCUCUCUUCCUCCCUGUGCUUCUCCACGCGGAUAUGGUUCUCUUUGUCCACACAGGAAGUGGAAGGCUUAGUUAUGCUGACGAGGAAGAGACAAGAAGUGUACAUCUGCGAAGUGCAGAUAUCUUCAGGCUUCAGACUGGCUCUGUUUUCUUUGUACAGAGUGACUUACAGCCUGAACGUGAAAGCCUAAGGAUUUAUGCCAUGUUUUCCAAUACAGACGACGAGUUAUUUGAGCCAGCAAUUGGGGCGUACUCGGGCUUUAGGAACUUGGUCCGUGGCUUUGACAAGGUGACGCUUAAGCAGGCUUUCAAGGUUCCUGAUGAAGUGAUAGAAUCAAUAACAAGUGCAACGGAUGCAGAAGCCAUAGUGCACGCAAUCCCAAGUUCAAAGAAAGAAAAGAAAGAAAAGAAAGAAAAGAAGAAGAAAGCAUUGUGGGAAAUGGAAACUCGAUUUCUGAAGGCCUUUCUAGAAGACGAAGAAAGCGCAGCAUAUAACAAGAAGAAAAAAUCAGGAGAAGGAUAUAAUCUCUUUGAUGCAGAACCUGAUUUUGAGAACUGUAACGGAUGGAGCUUAACGGUGAACAGGAAGCAAGCCGCACAUAUAUUGAAGGACACCAACGUUGGCCUUUUCAUGGUGAACUUGACCAAGGGCUCGAUGAUGGGACCGCACUGGAAUCCAAAGUCGACGGAGAUAGCUAUAGUGUUGCAAGGACAAGGGAUGGUCCGAGUGGUCUGCUCAAGCGGACCAAACAAAUCGAAACAAGAAUGCAAAAACAUGAGGUUCAGGGUCAAGGAAGGAGACGUUUUUGCUGUACCAAGGUUUCACCCGAUGGCGCAGAUAUCAUUCAACAAUGACUCGCUCGUCUUCAUGGGGUUCACCACAACAGGAGUGGAAAAUCACCCUCAGUUCUUGGCCGGAAAGCAAUCGAUCCUACAAACCCUGGAUAGGGAUAUCUUGGCUUUGUCCUUCAAUGUUUCCAACACAACGAUCGACCAACUUUUGGCUCCGCAGGCAGAUUCCAUCAUAUUGGAUUGCACUUCAUGUGCUGAGAAAGAGGAGAGGAUAAUGGAGGAGGAAAUUGAGAAGGAAAAGGAGGAAGAGGAGACUCUACUCUGCUCGGUGUGA